CAGACACCAGGAAAUCAGCUGAAAGGUUCGUAACUCCGCUCGUACAUUUUUCCACAUAGCGGACACCUGAUAUCAGGAGCAGAGGAGUCCCAUCUCCGCGCGGACGUAAACACUGUAUCCUCGUGCCUUCGUCUAAAUGGACGGCUGCUGUCACACAGAGGGGACAAAUUCAGGACAUCUUUCCUAAAAGCGAAGAAUGUGAAGAAGAAAAGAUGUGCUCCAUGGACAGCAACACGGAGCUGCACCCAGCGUCGUCAGACCCGGCGCUUCUGCUGGAGCUGAAGACCAGGCGCCCUCCGUCCCUGCUGGACCGGGCAGGAUGCGAGACCUGGAGCGUGGACUUCUCCCCGGACGGAGCUUGGUUCGCCUGGUCGAUGGGACAUGGGAUCGUCUGGGUGGUCGCUUGGCCUCUCGACUCCGAAGAGGCUCAGGAUGGCGAGACUGACCGAGCAGACAAGAGCUUCAGUUGUGGUCACCCGGUGUGGGGCCUCGCCUUCGGACCCAGACCUCCCAAAUCGACCGCAUCGGCACGUCCAGCUAAAAAAGCACCAAAAGGGAAAAACAGUCUGCUUCUGGCCACAGGUUUAGAGAACGGGGUGAUAAAGAUCUGGAAUGUGUUAACAGGGAAUGCUGUAUUUGAUCUCCAUGGCCACGAAGGUGUUGUGAGGGACCUGGUUUUCCCCCAGAAUGGGACGCUCAUGCUCAUAUCAUCCUCUCGGGACAAGACGUUGAGGAUUUGGGAUCUUGCUCACAAAGGUAAAAAGGUGCAGGUGCUUUCCGGCCAUAAAGACUGGAUCAACUGCUGCAGCGUGUCAUCUGACUGCAGCAUGAUUGCAUCUGUUGGCAGAUUUGACAGAAUGGUGUGCCUGUGGAGUCUCCGCUCAUAUACGUUCAUCAGGAACCUGACAGGAGGGACACAAAAGACCCUGUGCCUCCUGUCCUCCUGUGACUUCUCUCCAGACGGGGCUAUACUCGCCACCGCAGCCUUCAGUGGCUCCAGCUGGUGGAUCGACCUCUGGGACCCGUACACGGCAGAGAAACUGGCCACUCUGGCAGACUACUUUGAUGAUUACGGGCAAAACCAAAUCUCAGCAAUACAGUUCUCUCCCAACGGUCUCCAUCUAGCAAUAGUGACUGAUGACAGAGCUCUUCGCAUCUGGAAGCCUGGAGACAGACGAAUGACGAUGCAGACAAAAAGAGACAGAGACUCUAAUGGGCUGUGCUGCAACUAUCAUCCACAAGGGGGUGUUGUUGCCACUGGAACCAGAGACGGCCAUGUGAGGUUCUGGAUCGCACCCAGGGCGGUGCCCAGCUUGUGCCACCUGUGCCGCUCUAUCCUGCGCCACUCAAUCUCCACACACCAGAUUGAAGCGCUGCCCCUCCCCAAGAGGAUCCUUGAGUACCUCACCUACAAAAACAUCCCUGAAUGCCUCAAGACCUGCUGCUCCUCAGAUGAAGAGGACUUGGAGAGUUAAAAGGGAACACAAAUAAAAAAAAAAAGAAAUAUUUCCUGACAAACACUAGUGAUUGAAAUGGCCUUUUUGUUUUUUAAUAGAUACUUCAAAA